AUGAUAAGAGAUACAUUCAAAACUAGUUGCCCUCGUAAAACACCAAGCUUUGCCCGGUGACUCACAUAAAAGAAUACCUCGUUCAGACCCAAGCGAUCCACACCACUACCUAUUUAUUGAUCAGCUACAAAAAAACCUCACAAAGCUGUCACCAAUUCAAGCGUCACUAGGUGGGUAAAAUCUAUCCUUAAGGACGCUGGAAUUGACAUUGGUACGUUCUCCAAUCAAGAAUUAUGACAAAAAGCAGAAGCUUGUACAUCAAUUUUUGGAAGAGUUUGUAUUGAGUUUAUACCCUAGAAAAAAAUUGCUUAGAUAUCUUUCACUUUGCAGGCAAGUUGUCCUACGCCAACUGCUGAAGAAAGCAGUGUAAAGGAGUCUUUUGAGGAACAUCUCAAAACAACCACAAGUGAAAAACUGAAGGAUCUGUUAAUUUUUGCAGCAGGAGCACCUUGUGUGCCAGAUUUUGGUUUGGGAAAGAUCAAUGUUGAGUUCACUCAUGACUCAUCAAUUUCUUCUUCCACAUGCCUUAAAAAGGUCACCUUUUCCAGGAAAUUCCAAGACAAUGAUACAUCUCUGGCUGCAAUUCAUGCUGUUUGUGACAAUGCUGGUAGGGCAUUUACCAGCAUAUAA